CAAAAUAUAUACAAGCAAAAGGCAAAUUAUUACGGAGUAUGAAAAAAACUAUUAUCGAGCUCAACCUAAACCUGCAAACAUCACUUUCGAUCAGAAUUGGUCCGAGGAUGAUAGCAUGCACAAUAAAAAAAAUAGAAAAAUUUCUUCGUAAAACAAUCGAAUCCCGAUAAAAAACGAUGGAAAUAUCUGAAACAUCUAUUGAUAUUUCCAUUCUUAAACCUACAAUUCUACAAAGGUGGAUGUUACGAUUUCAGAGGACGGAUAAUCAGGCGCCGGAUACGCUUUUCUAGCUGUUGCAUGCUUCACGGUUUUUGAGGUCGAAAAAUCCGGCUGCUCUUUCGCACUUCCCCGUAUUAGGCCCGAGAGACAUGAAGUAUAGGGAGCUUGCGACCCCUGGAAGUUCGGUUCCGGUGAGAAGGCGCAGUGUGAGGAUUGCAAUGGCGAACGAGGAGGCUUUGGACCGUGGUAGUCAUGCUUUGUCAGCGGAUGAUACAAUGGAUGAAAUUCCACUGAUUAAGCGUAUGGAGAAGGUUAAGGAGGCACAACGGGUGGAUAAAGGGGGCUUACUUGAUGGGAGGAUCAACACGUACUGCAACGUUAAUGAAGUUGCAAGACAAGUUAGAGCGAAACUUACUCAGGAGGAGAUUAACAGGUUCAGGUCUUCACCAUUUGGUGCUAUUUUGGAUGUUUUGGAAUGUCCUUGGAUAAGCGGGCAGUUACUAAUACAUCUAGUAGGGAACUGUGUGAGAUCUGCUAAUGGUGGUGGAAGGAAGGACGAUCUAAAAUUCAAAAUCCUUGGACAUGAGGUGGUAUUGACAAAGGCGCAGUUCCAUCUUAUUACUGGAUUGAAAAUGGGCGGUUUGAGAGGGCAAAUGGACAAUGGUGUGAGUGGUCGGUUUGCAUCAAGGUAUUUUCGCGGCAGCAAAGCAGUUAAGCGAAGAGAGAUCAGCAAUGCGUUUCUUAAAUUCGAUCGUGAUGUGGCGGGUACAAUGCCAAAUGAUGCCCUGAAGAUGUCUCUGAUAUAUAUGUUGGCAAAUGCGUUUCUUGGAAACCAGCCAUCUGUGAAUUUGCCUAUGAGUUAUCUUAAUUUGGUAGAUGAUCUGGAUGAGUUCGAUAGGUACCCAUGGGGGGAUGACGUGUGGUCCGAGUUAGUUGAUCACGUGUAUAGGUGUGCAGUGUGCAUUGAAAAGGGAGGUAGCACACGGCCAACGUUUGGAGGGUACAUGUUUGCAUUACAGGUAUGGGCUUUUGAGACAUUCCCAUCGCUGGCGGAGGCCGGGAUGUGUGUCUUAGAUCCUGGAAGGGUGAAUUCAAUACCCCGCUGUUUAAGAUGGAAAGUUUGUGCAAAGUUCAACGCUGCAAAGGUUUCUGAAGCACUAUUUAAGUCUGGGAAGCUUCAAGUGACUGUAGUUGAACCUACUGAUGCGGAGAUGCUUUUGGAGAGUGUUAAAGAGAUGUUCAAGGAAAAGAUCAGUUCAACGGUGAAAGGGAAAGGGAAGUUGUCAUUGAGUGCUUCCAAAAGGGUUCGGGCUGUCAAGGAAAAGCAGGUGAAUAUACGAGAAGCGUUGGGGAAAAUGAAGUCUGAAGGGGUGGCACCUGGUAAUGGAGAUGUGAAGCUUGAGGGGGGCAGUGGUAUAGAAGGGUAUAAUUUGGGAGGGCGUUCUGGAAAGAGGGACUGUGUGGGUUCUAAGGCUUGUGAUCACCUGAGGCUAGUUGAUGAAAUUAAAGAUAUCAAGGAGAAACAGGCGGCGCAAGACAAGAAGCUUGAUGAAAUUUUAGGCAUUCUUCGUCAAAAAACUGCAUCCCUUGAAGGUGGUUCUGCGUCUGGGAAGGGGUCCUUGAUGGAAGGCAGUGAGGAAGUGAAGGUCCAGGAGGGAGGUUUUGGUAGUGGGGGGAAUACGAAGGUUGGAGUCAAAUGUGGAGAUGACAUUGAGUUGAGUUUUGAUGCUGGUGGUCCAUCAUUCGAUCUUCUGACACCAAUGCCUAAAGUAGAUGCAGUUUGUGAUGACGUGCAAGAUGAUAUAAUUGCAAAGGCGUCACUGGUAGCAGAAGCGUGUGAUGCAGAAAAACAAAGCAAGUGUUUAGACAUUCCCUACACGGAGACACAAUAUGAUCCUCUUGAGCUAGAUCGCAUUAACAGAGUAGCGGAAAGGGCGCUUAACUGUAUACAUAACGCCAGAAGUGUUCCUAAAGAUUCUUGUGUUGGGGUUGAGUCGAACGUUGAAGAUGAUGGGAAAUGCAAGGAAACUGAUGGUGGUGAUGACUCGGGCAUGAAACGUGGCGACUGUACAAUGCCUACUGAUGGGCAAGUAACGUUAGACGUUAAUGCUGCAGUUGGGGGGUCGAGUGGUUCGAACAGGUUGAAAGUGGUGCAGCAUGUCCCUGGAUGCGAAGAGAGGGUUAACAUGGGUGACGAUGAUUUUGACAGAAUAUUUACUAUCAGCCGUGUGGGAAGUGUGGGCCAGAAAGAGAUGGGUGAUCAACACCCUGUGGCGGCGGGUUCUUUGGCUUCCACUUCGAACAAUGCAUGUGUUGAGAUUGAACGCCCAAAAAGGGUUCACAAAAAUCCAGAGAGAUAUACUCCCUCUGAGGCUGAGCAAGACAGGAAAAGGCGUAAGCUUGAAAAGACGGAUCAUGAUAGGCAAUGUCUAAACCGUGAAAGGACAGCCGUGUGCUAUGGGCCAUUUUCAGAGGAUCCGAAGAAGAUGCCUGCAGCUGAGGAGAUAGAGAAGGUGAGGCAAUUUUUGAAUGAGGGCUUGUUGAAACGUCACGGAAGGGGUAAUACGACGUGUAGGUAUACAUCCAAGGUGGAGAACAUGAAGAAAAAUCCAAUUGACCUAGAUGGUUUUAAAGUGGAGAGCAAGACAUGGUUGUAUGAGCUGUUUACAAGCACAGAGUGGUUGCGCAGCACGCAUAUUGAGAUAGCAAUGCAUUUCCUAGAGGUGAAGGGCAGGCAGUAUGACCUAAUACAGAUGUACACAACUACAACCCCGUUUUUCUUGCAAGGGCUGCAUACACAUCAAGAGUUGGUGAAUGUUGGAAAGGCCAAGAAGGAAGAGGUCAUCAGUAAUCGGAAUCUAACUAGUGAGGUGAAAGGAUUGGUACGAAAAUAUUCUAGACCAUGGGUUGAGUGUGACUUCGUGUAUAUGCCCCUGAGCAUUGGCGACCACUGGGUAUUGCUGGUCCUAGAGGUUGAAGGAAGGACUAUACGGGUAUACGAUUCGAAAGGAAGGAAGGGAAAUGCUUUCCGGUCGUUGAGUGAAUAUAUGCAAUGUUUAACAGAGUUGCUGCCAGUACUGGUGGAUUUAUUGGGUGUGUACAAAGAGCACUCAGAUGGGCUGAUGGGAAAACGUAAGUUCUCUAUCAGUGUGGUUGAUGGGUGUCCCCAGCAAGAUGACGGGUUCAGUUGUGGAAUGUUCAUGUUGAAGUUUGCGGAGUACUUGAUGAUGGACGGUAACAUUUCUGAAGUGCAUUCACGUGAUAUGAAGGGAUACCGGGAGAAGAUGACCACGGAGCUCAUUGCCUACAGUAAUGAGCAAAAAGUGAGAGCCGGUGACAGUUAGUGUUUUCGUGUAGUUUUCCUCAGUGUGAUGUUGUCANUUCAGAAUGAUAUAUGGGAUUGGUGUCGAGGAUAAUGUUGUGCGUGUGGGUUAGUUUAUGGCUUUCGUUAUCGAUAUUUAUGGGGGACGACACUGUCAUGUGUUUUCAUGUUCUGGUGUAAGACCUUUUGGUUG